AUGACUGACAUAUCUUAUACUAUUUGUAGACUUGUGAGAACGGAAAAACAAUUUUUUACACCAGUAGAGAUUACAAAAGCCACAAUGUCGUCGGUUUCUUCACAAGUAGUUACACCAGAUGAAUUUUAUUUACACGACAAUGAAAAAGUUGCGGCCUUGCAACAAUUGAUGGAUCAGUUAAAACAAGAAUAUGCAUUGACAACACCGGAUCCUAAUAUGGAAUUAAAAAUAAAUCAACCAUAUGCGGCAUUAUUCGAUAACGAAUGGCAUCGAGGUUAUAUAAGUUCGAUUGAAAAUGAUGAUCUAACGGUGAAAUUUAUUGAUUAUGGAACACGAUCGGUUGUUCAAAAACAAGAUCUUCGUGUGUUAGAUUCAAAAUAUUUGAAAGAACCAACAUUUGCUAUUCAGUGUUUAUUAUCUGGCUCUCACUGUAAAAAGUGGACAGAAGUUGAUGACUUUAUUGAUAUAAUUAGUGAAACAUCAUUAAUAGUUGAUUUACAAAGUCAUGUACAACCAGUACUAACUAGACUAACAUUAACCGAUAAACCAGAAGAAAAAUUCGAAUCAUAUUCAUUAAAAUCAGAAUAUCCACCAUCUGUUCCAUUAUUUGAUCCCGGUUUAUUCGUUAACGUUUGUAACUAUUCAUCACCGAGCACCUUUUAUGUUCAGCCAAAAGGUGCUGAUAUUGAUUGUACUGUUAUUAGCGAAAAAUUACGUGUUUACGCUGAAACAGACGAAAUGAAAACACUGAAUCAAUCAUAUAAUUAUCAAAAAGAUGAAUUUUGCGUGGCGAAAUUUACCGAUGAUCAACAAUGGAAUCGUGCUAAAAUUUUAUCGAUUGAAGAAUCAAUUGUGAAUGAUAAUACGUUAUUGAUGUAUUAUGUGAGAUAUAUCGAUUUUGGUAAUGAAGAAAAACUUGAACGCGAUAGUUUGCGACCGUAUGAUCCAGAAACGGGUGCCAUGCCACGUUUAUCAUAUCAUUGUCAGUUAAAUGUGAAUGACAUUAAUGAAGAUGAAAAAUGGGUACAAACAUUCUUCGAACAAAAAACAAAUGAAAUUGAAGAUUUAUUGUAUAGUCAAGCGUUUCAAAUUGAAUUAGUCAAUAUUCAUGAUAAACAAUCAUUAGCAAAUAAUGAAACAAAACCAAUUAAUAUUAACGCAUAUUUGAAUGGUCAAAAUGUAAUCGAUAUAGUACGAAAAAAUAAUGUACAAAAUCAACAACAACAAACAAACGCCCAAUUAGAAACAUCCAUUCAACAAAAUCAACAAGAAAGAGGUGAUGAUAAUUUGUUUUUUGUUCGACAAAUGUCAUUAAAAACACAGUCUCUACAUGAUCCCAUUUUGACUGAGACUACGACGCCAACAACAACAACUUUUGUUUCAACAGAGCAAGACGAUAAACGUAUUACUGGUAUUAUAUCGUAUAUUGAAGAUAGUGAACAUUGUUUCUAUAUUCAAACUGAUAUACCAACCACCGAUAAAAUUCAUGAAAUUGUUGAACAAGAAAUGUCAACUGCACAAACAUUAUCAACCGAAGAUGUUAAACAGUUGUCAAAAAAUGAUUUAGUGAUUAGCAUGUUUGAAGAUAACCCAUAUCGUGCAGUCUUAUUAUCUGAUGAGAAUAGUUCACAAGACAAUGUUUAUGUUUAUUUUGUUGAUUAUGGUAAUGUUGAUUCUUCUGCUAUUACAACAUUGAAAAAAUGUUCGAGUGAACUAUCGUCCUAUCCAUAUCAAGCACGACGUUGUUUAUUUCAUGGUGUACAAAAUGAUAAACUUCAAGCAUUAUUUACCGAAUUAGACGGUUAUCUUGAAAUAAAGAACGUAGAAAUUAGUGUUAUUAAUCGAAUACCAUCCAAUGGAUCAAAUAAUCAUACAAAAAGUCAACCGGUUGACACGUUUAAUGUCUUGUUGUAUGUUGAUGGAAUUUGUUUAAAUGAAAAAUAUGGUUAUCAGCCAAAUGCAACAGCCACGUCAUCAUUAUCUGGUUCAAGUAAUAUAGACAUUAAUUCAGAAAUUAAUGAUAGUGUCCUAACUACAACAUCAGCAGCCACAACAGUAAAAGAAAAUUUUGAACGACAUCAUUCACUAGUUGGAAAACGAACAAGUGAUGAAAUUAAUGAUUCAUCGAAUAGUGAACAACAAUUGAAUACAACAUCAGUUAAACGCCAACGAUCAGAAACAGAAAACAGUACAGCAUCAUCAUCAUCAUCACCGGCGACCACACAAAGCGGUACCUUGGUACACGUUGGUUCUGAUGAUCCAUUUGUGUACAUUCAAACAUCAGCCGAUAUUGAUGCAAAAUUAGAUCAUGUAGGGCAAUUGAUCGAUGCAAUUGUUGAUGCCGAUUUACAUAGCGACAAAUAUAAUGUUGGUGAUUAUUGUAUAGCUCAAUUUGAUGCAGAUAGUUCAUAUUAUCGUGCAACUAUUCAGUCGAUUAAUAAUGAUUUAUAUACCGUCUUUUUUAUUGAUUAUGGUAAUACUAAUGAAAAUUUAUCAAUAAAUAAAUUAUUUACUUAUUCAGACGAGAUACGAACAAUUGAAGCAUUAGCAAAACGUUUCCAGUUAUCGAAUAUUGAUCGUACAAAAUGGACAUCAACCAUCUUUCCAUUAAUUGAAUCAAAAUUAAAUGAACAAAUCGAAUUCUAUUAUACAAAUGAACAGAAAACAGAAAUUUACAUUAAAGUUGAUAAUGAAAAUGAUAUUUAUCAGUCGUCCGUACCAACCCUACCCUCUGAUUCUACACUAUCAUCGUCAUCAAAUAUAAAUAAUAAUUUGGAACAAAAACAACAACAAGAAAUUGGUCAAAAUAAUGGCAGGAAUGAACAAAAAUGUGAAACAGAUAUUUCCUCUGAUACGUCCAUUGAAAAAACAGCAGAAAGCAGUGCUAAUGAACAGCAAAUUCAAAUACGUCCAUCGAAAAACAACGUUGAUAAACAAGCUGAAACACGACUAUUAUCAACAAGUGUUGAUGAAGUAAAACAGCAAACUGAUCUACAUCUAAAUACGCCCGGUAAACCACAACAAACGCCCAUUUCAAGUUUAAAGCAUUCAUUAUCACCAGCUAAAGCUGCACAAACAUUACAAGCAAUUAUAUGCGGUACAGAUAAUAUGAAUUUUUAUAUUCAUAUUGUUUCUGAAUCAGAGGAUCAAUUAGGUAAAGUUGACAAGUUGUGCCAAGAUCAUAUGAAACAAAAUAAGUCAUCGUUUGAGGAAUGGCAUUUAAAUGAUUUGUGUAUCGUUGUCAAUGAUGAACAAUUGUAUUAUCGUGGACAAAUAAUGAAAAUAAAUAUGCCAACAAAAACAUUCGAUAUUAAAUGUGUUGAUUAUGGCAAUACAUUAAUCGAUAUUCCAUUUAAGAAUUUAUUCGAAUUAAAUGAUGAUUAUCUAUCAAAAAUACCGUUUAUUGCUAAAAAAUGUCGUCUAUAUGCAGUUACAGAUGAAUAUGCACAGUAUGCGGUUACGGAUAUAAAAGAAACGAUUGGUGAUCAAGAUAUUGUCACAAUAACUGUUAUCGAACAAAAAGAAGAUUAUCGACUUGUCAUGUUAUUUUGGGAUAAUCAAAUUUACAAUGAUAAAUAUAAUCAUUAUAAAACCUAUAUAGAAAAGAAAGAUGCUUGUCAAGCAACAACACCGAAUGGUCAUGAAUCAUCAUUUAUUGGUGUUCCUCAAGCUGAAAGUACAUCUUGUGCAAACAAUACAACGACCGGUGGUGAUAACGAUCGUUCAACAUCAUCGUAUAACCAAACAAUCGAUUUUGGUGAAAAUGAUACGACAACAGUAAAUGAUGAAACAGCAAAAUAA